AUGGCUGAGAAUAACUACUCUGUGACAAAUGAAUUCAUCCUGGUGGGAUUCUCAGAUCACCCAGACCUGAACACCCUCCUGUUCCUGGUGUUCUUUGUUAUCUAUCUGGUCACCAUGGUGGGGAAUCUGGGGCUGGUGGUCUUGAUCUACAUGGAGCACCAUCUUCACACACCCAUGUACAUCUUUGUGGGCAACCUGGCUCUCAUGGAUUCCUGCUGCUCCUGUGCCAUCACUCCCAAGAUGCUACAGAACUUCUUUUCUGUGGACAGAAGGAUUUCUCUCUAUGAAUGCAUGGCACAGUUCUAUUUUCUCUGUCUUGCUGAAACUGCAGACUGCUUCCUCCUGGCAGCAAUGGCCUAUGACCGCUAUUUGGCCAUAUGCAACCCACUGCAGUACCACACCAUGAUGUCCAAGAAGCUCUGCCUUCAGAUGACUGUAGGAGCCUACAUAGCAGGAAACCUGCACUCCAUAAUUCACAUAGGGUUCUUGUUCAGGUUAACUUUCUGUAGGUCUCAUGUAAUCAAGCACUUUUUUUGUGAUGUUCUUCCAUUAUACAGACGCUCGUGUGUUGACCCUUAUCUCAAUGAAUUGAUGAUACUCAUCUUUUCUGGUUCAAUUCAAACCUUUACCAUUACUAUAGUCCUGGUAUCUUAUUUGUAUAUCCUUUUCACUAUAUUCACAAUGAAAUCUAAAGAUGGUAGAGGCAAAACCUUAUCAACUUGUGCAUCCCACUUUCUGUCUGUGUCAAUAUUCUAUGGGUCUCUUCUCUACAUGUAUAUUCGACCAAGUUCAAUCAAUGAAGGAGAUAAAGAUAUCCCUGUAGCUAUCUUUUACACUGUAGUAAUUCCUUUAUUAAACCCUUUCAUUUACAGUCUGAGAAAUAAAGAAGUAAUAAAUGUCAUGAAAAGAAUCAUGAAGAGAUUUUUCAGCAACAUUAGAAAACAAGGACCAUCUCCUUUGGAAAAAAGAUACAAAGCUGAAAAUGCCCUUUUCUAA